CCAUGUGGCCUUUUUAAUCAAUCAAACGCUUUUGUUUGUUUUCUACUGAGAAGAGGCGGUGUGCAGUGAAUGAAAAGAUACGAAGUGUGUUUGCGUCGCUUGCCGUUUUUUUUUACCAUUGGCCGAAAAAACUUGGCAGAGCCUCUUUCCCUCCUCAUGAAUAAAAGAAGGCUGCGAGAGCCUAUCGGCGCGCGCGACACCCCCCUCCUACACCGCGCGUUAAAGUUAUCCACUUAAACUACUCUCAACCUCCAAGCGGACUUUGUCAUCAAAAACUACGAGACCUUUUAGCAAAACACUGCAAAGAAUUAAGUAACCUUUGUCCACUUGAGAGUGUCAGGAACACCCCUCCCACCGUGCGCGCACGCUGCACCUUGUUCGCGGUUGUCUUAUUUUGCUCAUGCUUCUCUCCGAAUCGCAGGAGACAUAGCUGUAUUUUCCAGCGUUGCAUGAGGUUCACAAUUUGUAAACCCAUCGGGCUGGAUGUCUCUUUUUCUUUUUUCCUUGGUGACCAAAGGAGUUCGCAGAUUUUUCACUCUCCAAAGUCAGUUUCAUCAACAAGUCUGGACUUGUGUUCACUAUUUGAACAUCAGCCUCGUUUUGCUAGUUAAUUCUACAGAAGAAUGUCAUCUCUGCCGGGAACUGUACCUCGAAUGAUGCGACCGGCGCCUGGACAAAACUACCCCCGUACUGGAUUUCCACUGGAAGUGUCAACCCCUCUGGGUCAAGGUCGGGUGAAUCAACUCGGAGGUGUUUUCAUCAAUGGAAGGCCACUGCCAAAUCAUAUCCGACACAAGAUAGUGGAGAUGGCCCACCACGGCAUUCGACCCUGCGUGAUAUCCCGACAGCUUCGAGUUUCCCACGGUUGUGUAUCCAAAAUUCUCUGCCGGUAUCAGGAAACCGGUUCCAUCCGUCCUGGUGCAAUAGGAGGGAGUAAACCCAGGGUUGCAACGCCUGACGUGGAGAAAAGAAUCGAGGAGUACAAGCGCGAAAACCCAGGAAUGUUCAGCUGGGAAAUCCGAGAUAAACUGCUGAAGGACGGGGUGUGUGACCGAAGCACUGUACCUUCAGGUGAGGCCUCAUCUGUGAGCUCCAUUAGUCGGGUUCUGAGGGCUCGGUUUGGAAAGAAGGAUGAUGAAGAUGACAGCGAUAAAAAAGACGACGGAGGAGAGAAGAAAACUAAACAUAGCAUUGAUGGCAUACUUGGUGAUAAAGGUGCGCGCAUGGACGAGGGCUCGGACGUGGACUCGGAGCCGGACCUACCCCUGAAGAGGAAGCAGCGGCGGAGCAGGACCACAUUCACGGCCGAGCAGCUGGACGAGCUGGAGAAGGCCUUCGAGCGCACGCACUACCCCGACAUCUACACCAGGGAGGAGCUGGCCCAGAGGACCAAACUCACAGAGGCACGCGUGCAGGUGUGGUUUAGCAAUCGACGAGCCAGGUGGCGUAAGCAAGCAGGAGCCAAUCAGCUGGCUGCGUUUAACCACCUGUUACCUGGAGGGUUCCAAACCGGAAUGCCCACUCUGCCAACGUACCAGCUCCCAGAGUCACCGUACGGCACAACCACGCUAUCACAAGAUGGCAAUGGCACACUGCACCGGCCGCAGCCUCUGCCCCCGUCCACCAUGCACCAGAGCGGGCUCUCGGGCGACGGCGGCUCCAGCUACGGCCUCUCGUCGGCCAACCGCCACGGCUUCUCCAGCUACUCGGACACCUUCAUGAGCCAGACGGCCUCCAGCAACCACAUGAACCCCGUGAGCAACGGCCUCUCCCCACAGGUCAUGAGCAUCUUGAGCAACCCCAGCGGUGUGGCCCCUCAGUCCCAGCACGACUUCUCCAUCUCUCCCCUGCACGGGAGCCUGGAGUCCUCCAACCCCAUCUCGGGCAGCUGUAGCCAGCGCUCCGACUCCAUCAAGACCGUGGACAGCCUGCAGUCCUCCCAGUCCUACUGCCCCCCCACCUACAGCACCAGCAGCUACAGUGUGGACCCCGUCACCGCCGGCUACCAGUACAGCCAGUAUGGGCAAACCGCAGUGGACUACCUGGCCAAGAACGUGAGCUUGUCCACACAGAGGAGGAUGAAGCUCGGGGAGCACUCUGCUGUGCUGGGACUCCUACAGGUGGAGACGGGGCAGGCUUACUGAGGCCCCCCUCUGGCCUCUCCUGUCCUGGACCUCUGACCUCCCCCCAACGGUCCCUCACACACACACUCUCUCGCCUUGCCGCACCACCUCCCCUUCCACCUCUCACCAGCAGCCACCAGUUUUUAGUUUUUUGUUUGUUUUUGCUCGCACACUGUGUGUGCACGUAUCCAGCACCAGAGGAAGAGAGUGAGUGAGCGAGCGAGCGCAAACAGGCCCCGGGCCAGACUCUGCAACGGGGCUGACGUGGCUACUGCCAGCGAGAGUGCCGAAGCCACUCCAGACUGAGAUGCGCUAACCAGCGGCGUCGCAGCCGACUGCCGUGGCCGCCGCCUCUCCCCUGUGAGCCUCUGAUCCCCUCUUUUCUCCUCCAGCACAAAGGGACCCACUCAGGGCCUCCGAGGGCCGGCAGGGAAAACAAAUGAGAGACUUAUUGUGACGAGAACGACGUCUGAAAUCCCUGCCUGUCGCCAGCCAAUGUUAGCACGCGCAGACAACUGUAGCCCCCGACUCCAUUCCACACUAUUUUCGACCACGUUGUUUAUAGUACUUUUUUCAAACGAACGAUCGAAUGAAAAAAAAAAAUGCCGCUGUCAUUAUUCUAUUUGUUAUUACAAUUGUGGUUGGUCUUACUGUUUAUGAUUAUAAUUAUUGUAAUUGUUUUUUUUCUCCUUUUUUUUGUAGUUUGGUUUUCUCCUUUGCUAGGUAUUUUUGUUUUGUAUAAUACUGACAGGAAUGAAAACAGAUUGGAAAUAUGAUUGCUUGCCUCUCUAUAAUGUGUGUGUGUGUGUGUGUGUGUGUUUGUGUGUUUGUGUGUGUGUGUGAGAGAGAGAGAAAGAAAGAAAGAAAGAAAGAAAGAAAGAAAGAAAGAAAGAAAGAGAGAGAGAGAUUUGACCUUCUCCUUUUAAUCUUAAGCCUGACAUUCCGAAAGAACUCCUAUACUCUGUGGGAUGCCAUGCUCAGAGGAGUCCCCCUGGGAAUGAAUGGGCAUUGGUACACCCCACGCCCCACCAAUCCUCUUCCGCCCUUUCUCCCAUGUAUGGGCCACAUACAGAGAAGAAUUCAUUAGAUGUAUUAUGAAGAAUGCUGUGUGUUUUGAAAGAACAACAGAAUAUCAGUCAAGAAGGCCAAGCAUGAGUCUGACAUUUCCUGACGUGUCGAGCCCUACACAUGGAAGGCAUCUGCUGAGACAGAUUUGAUUUGGAGCUGAUUUGAGUAGAGCUGAGGAAAGGGUCGUGUUGCUUUGUGUAAUGAGAUUGAGAGAUCAAACAUUCCAAAAGUGUUUCCAAAGCAUCAAAUCAUACUUGAGCAUAAAAAUGUGACAAAUGUUAACUUUGAAACGCUAAAAAGGUUAACUUUUUAAAGGCUAACGUUUUCUUUCAUACGACAUUCCUAAUGUAAAUGAUGUUCGAUAUGAUGUUAAAAAGAAUAACCAUUCCAAAUUUUAUAAUGUGAGAAUUAUCAUUCUGGCACCUAGGCCUUUAAGUAAUUGUUUCAUACAUCGAUUCAGUGACUUACAUCCUCAACCAGCCAUUCCAUGACCUUCCACAAGGUACUCUGGAGGGGAGACACUUUGACAUGCCCUUACUCCUCCAAUAGAGGAACAAUAAAGGCGUUUGCAUCGUUUAGGAUUCAGGAUCAUAUUUGGGUACUGAAACCUCUUUUGCUAAAAAGAUUGCUCACAAUUCCGUUUACAUUGCUGUUGUCACAUUACCAUGGCUAUACAAACAGCACACCUAAAGUACCAUAUUCCAGUUUACGCCAAGUGUACUGUCAGAGUAGCAUUCUUUGGGAAUUCUGAGCCAGAUAAAUGACAUUGAAUCUGUCACACUGUGAGGUCACAUGUAUGACAAAAAGGUGUCGGUUGGCUAUUUAUGUCAAAACUCUGUUGAAUGGUGAAACAAAACAAGGGUAAAAACUGUGGGGCCUUUAUUCAAACAUUUGAAUCAUUUUACAUCUUACUUUGCCUAGAUAAUAGUAAGCAUUCCAUUCAGGUCAAGGUAUAGCUGAAAAGACUGAAAAGGAGAAUAGGAAUGUGUUUAAUUAGAGGAAGAACUGCUUUUUUUGCCCACACAUGGAGACAUUAUAGCAAAGAGGGCCAUUGGAUUGAACUAGACACAAGUGCUUCUUUAAGUUUACAUGGACAAACUCUUUUCUGAUGUCUUUUUUUCUUUUGGAGCUUUUCCUUUUGAUGUUGAAGGUGACUGAUGUAAUGUUUCGGAUGCCUUCUUGCAUUAAGUUGGAUGAACUGAGAUGUGCACACACACACGCCCACUCCCACACACCUACACCUACACACACCUACACCUACACACACACACACA